AUGUCAAGACGCUGUACCAUUACCGUGCCAUUUGCACAACUAGAAAGUAGUCUGUCUUCUCACUGUCAUCAAAACGAGUACUGUGGCCAAGAAACAAACAAAGAACUGCGCCCACUGGUCAGAUCGGGUAUCAUUUGGAGCCCCGUCAAUCGCGAAGGAGUAGGGUUAGUUGAACCAAUGAGCGGUCUCAAACACCUCAGUGUUGGUGGUUCCAAGCGGUUGGCCGUUGAGAUUGCGAUUUCAACUUGUCGAAUAUCGGUACUGGCAAUGGGUUCAUCCGAAUUCUACACUGAUAGGAAAUUCCCACCGUAG